AUGAGUGAAUGUUUGAAAUAUCAAAAACCAAAUAAAAAAUGCAUGGAAUAUGCAAUUAUUUCGCAUAACAUUGAUUUUGUUACAUUUUUGAUGAAUGAAUACAAUUUAGAGAUCGAUUUAAAUUGUUGCAUAAAUUAUAAUAAUCUUGAAUCAUUUUUAGUUUAUUUCGAUCAAACAAAUGAUAUUAACAAAUGCUUUAUUCAUUCCGUGAAGUUCAAUAUUCCAUCCCUUUGCGAAUAUUUCCUUUCUUAUGGUGCAAAUAUCAAUAUAAAAGAUGAAAAUAGAAAAACUGCUCUUCAUUUUGCAACAAUAUAUAAUAGUAAAGAAACAGCCGAAUUUCUUAUUUCACAUGGUGCAAAUAUCAAUGAAAAAGAUAAUUAUGGAUAUACAGCUCUUCAUUUUGCAGCAUCUCAUAAAAGUAAAGAAAUAGCCGAAUUUCUUAUUUCACAUGGUGCAAAUGUGAAUGAAAAAACUAUGUAUGGUGAAACUGCUUUUAGCAUUGCAGAAUUUUUUAAUUGCAAAGAAAUAGUCAAACUUAUUAUUUCAGAUCGUUUAAAUAAAAAGAAAAUGAUAAAUAUAAAAAAACACCAUCCAUAA